GACAAACCGACCUUCAAAAAGCUAUCAAAUUCAUUAAUACUAGUGCAGCUAAAGGUACCACCAUGGAAAGAUACACGAAGUAGCUGAGGAAAAUAAAUCUAUUGAUCUAUAAAUAUGUUGGAUAUUUAAAUCAGGGUUUGGAGUAUAACCUUCUCUAUGUCCUUCAAAUAUCUUCGCGGCUAAUUAAGUUGUUGUGCUCUGUCAGUAUGACUUUGGAUAGUGACGCAAAUGAGUCUGGUAAAAAGAAAACACCCAGUCAAACAAAAAUUAAAAAGGUCGUGGUCCAUCCACUCGUAUUAUUGGGGGUCGUUGAUCACUAUAGUCGAUCUGGAAAAGUCACCAGUGGUCAGAAGAGAGUUGUAGGUGUUCUUUUGGGCUCAUUAAAUGGAAGCAUUUUGGAUGUCAGUAAUAGCUUUGCAGUUCCUUUCGAAGAAGAUGCCACUGAUCCGGAUGUUUGGUUUCUCGACCACGAUUAUUUGGAAAGCAUGUUUACCAUGUUUAAAAAAGUUAACGCUCGAGAAAAGAUUGUGGGUUGGUAUCACUCCGGUCCUAAGCUUUGUACAAACGAUAUUAAAAUUAACGAACUUUUCCGGAAAUAUGCUCCGAACUCAGUUCUAGUAGUUGUUGAUGUCAGAAGAAAAGAAAUUGAUGGGCUACCCACUGAGGCUUAUAUCGCAGUUGAAGAAGUUCACGAUGAUGGAUCCCCAACAACGAAAUCUUUUGAUCAUCUUCGAUCGGAAGUAGAUGCUGAAGAAGCUGAAGAAGUUGGUGUUGAACACUUACUGCGGGAUAUUAAGGAUACAUCACUUGGUUCUUUAUCGCAAAGAAUCGGUUGUCAGUUAGAUGGAUUAUCCGGUUUAUUACGACAGUUAUAUGAAAUUCGUGAGUACUUGCAGUUGGUUUCUUCUGACAAGCUUCCUGUUAACCAUCGUAUAAUAUACCAGUUGCAAGAUAUUUUCAAUCUGCUUCCUGAUCUCAAACUGCAUGAUACAGUCCGUGCAAUUCACGUUAAUACUAACGACCAAAUGCUUGUUAUUUAUGUUGCUGCUAUAAUGAGAGCAAUACUUGCCUUACACGAUCUAAUUAGUAAUAAAUUAACAAAUCGUGAAACUGAGAGAAACGAAGAAGGCUUGGGUGGUAAUACAGAGUCGAAAAAAGUUCCUAUUGGUUCUGUUGAUCAAAGUAAGCGUACUACGCAUAAAUCUGAUAACCUAGAUAAUGGAAAAGCAGAAAAUGGAGCAAAAUCAAAUGGGUUAGAUUCAUCAAGGAAGAAGACUGACAAAUAAUGGUGUUUAUGUGGGAAGCGUUGUUCUUAUCCACAUAGCAUGUGUACACAUUUCUUUUAUGAUAAAACAAUUAUGGAUAACACAGUUGGUAUUAUUUUAGUAUUAUCCUGAAAUGCCAAUAUAAUCGUUCUGUACAAUGUAUUAGUAAUACUUUUGGUCUGACUAUAUUUCGCUUUGGCUGGCCUUCUGAACGAUUUAUUCAUCUUUAUAACUUAAUGGUAAUUGUAUUUGUGUAUUUCGACUAAGUACUUAUCAUUCUCAUAUUCAUUAUACCAAUCAUCUAAGCCAUAAUAACUGUGUCAGUGAUUUUUCCAAUAUCCUUAAGGUCAAAGUACUUGGUCCCGUUUAGAUAAUUCUUGGUAUUAUUUUAUUUCUCCAUAGUACGUGAUAUAGAAACGUGGUUGUGUAAUGUGAUAUUUUCUACUGUAGAACUGUGACUCAGUGAUUAAACUAUCUAAUUUUUCGCUGUCAAGUCUCAAUUUUGAGCCCUACUCCAUCUGCCUCAGUUUGGACAGCGAAGUUGUACCGCUGGUGUUCUCACAAAAGUGCAAUUCGGAGUCGAGUAUAUUUUCAUGUAAAUGACUUGCAUUAUAAUUUAGUAUGAACUGCUUUAUCAGUUACUAUAGUUUUUUGAACUUUAUUGUUAUUGUAGACAUUGUCAAGUUAACAAAGCACUAUUUGUAGUUGGUUUUAUUUGCAUGAAGGAAUUUAGGCGAUCACUG